AUGCCUUUCACCAAGCUCGUCAAGAACUCGCCCUACUUCUCCCGCUUCCAGACCAAGUACAAGCGCAGACGGUCCGGCAAGACUGACUACUACGCUCGCAAGCGCCUCAUUUCCCAAGCCAAGAACAAGUACAACGCACCCAAGUACCGUCUCGUCGUUCGAUUCACCAACCGCGACAUCAUCUGCCAGCUGGUCACUGCUGAGCUUACCGGCGACAAAGUUGUGUCUGCUGCAUAUGCGCACGAGCUGAAGAGAUAUGGCAUCGAGCACGGUCUCACCAACUGGUCUGCUGGCUACGCAGUCGGUCUGCUGUUGGCUCGUCGCGUCCUGAAGAAGUUCGAACUCGAUGAGGACUUUGCUGGUGUCGAGGAGCCAGAUGGAGAGUUCACCUUGACUGAGGCUGCUGGUGAAGACGAUGAGGCCCGCCGACCAUUCAAGGCCUUCCUCGAUGUCGGUCUGCACCGCACCUCGACCGGUGCCCGCAUCUUCGGUGUCAUGAAGGGUGCUUCUGACGGUGGUCUUUACAUCCCCCACAACGAGAAGCGCUUCCCCGGCUACGACCCCGAAUCCAAGGAGCUCGAUGCCGACACUCUCCGCAAGUACAUCUUCGGUGGUCACGUCGCUGAGUACAUGGAAACCCUGCAGGACGACGACGAGGAGCGCUACAAGACUCAGUUCGCUGGCUACAUUGAAAACGACAUUGAAGCUGAUGGCAUCGAGGACAUCUACACCGAAGCCCACAAGGCUAUUCGGGAAGAUCCCUUCAAGAAGGACGACGAUGAGGGCGAGAAGAAGGACAAGGAGUACUGGAAGGCCGAGGGCAAGAAGUACAAGAAGGCUAAGCUCACCAAGGAGGAGAAGGACAGCCGCAUCAAGGAGAAGAUCUCUGAGCUUGCCUCUUAA